AUGAGGAUGUUCUCAGCCAAAUAUCCCGUCUUCCUCCUUGUCCUAAUUGCCUUUUCGCCUGUUUUUACCACAAGAACGUUCAAAGAGAGCAAACCAUGCAAGAGACUCGUCCUCUACUACCACGACAUCCUCUUCGGAGGCGACAAUGUGGCCAACGCGACAUCCUCACGGGUGACCAACGCAACUGGGCUCGGCCAAUUUGUGCACGGCAUGAUGAUCGUGUUCGACGACCCGAUGACGAAAGACCAGAACCUACUCUCGACUCCAGUGGCACGGGCUCAGGGUUUCUAUUUCUACGACAUGAAGACAGCUUACAAUGCCUGGUUUGCAUACACACUGGUGUUCAAUUCGACCGAGUAUAAGGGCACGAUCAACAUUAUGGGAGCAGACUUGAUGAUGGAGGAGACUAGGGAUCUCUCCGUCGUCGGAGGGACGGGCGAUUUUUUCAUGGCUAGAGGCAUUGCGACAUUUCGGACCAUGGCGACUGAAGGGAUCAAAUAUUUUCGCGUGCAGAUGGAUAUCAAGUUAUAUGAAUGUUACUAG